GAGAAAAUCACUCCGGAAAAGACCCAUUGGCUAGGAGAAGGAAAAUGGGGUCCGAUAAUAUGGACACCAAGUUCUGUGAUUCCCAGAGCUCGAGCAAUGGAGAGGGGUUGCAAUUGUCCGCUGGGGACACAUGGCGAUAAAUUCUAAGCCCACGUGGGGACCAUCCAUGGACCCCGCGUGGCACUUAUCCGUUAUUUUUCGUGGAAAAUAAGAUGAUAUGAUAUUAUAUUGUGCAGAGAAGAGAAAGUGGGAGCGGUAGAGAGUGAGGAAAUUUCGGGCUUUGAGAUAGAAUGAGUACGAAAUCUUGUAAAAUACUGUAAGAGGAAGCCACCUUUCUCUUUUUGGUGAUGAUGGCACAUGGGCGGCACAGUUCAGUGCCGUCUUCUGUGAGGCUGUCACUAUAAAUAUGAGGGUUUGUGAAGCAAUUUAGGUUCACCUCACCUACCGUGAUCUUCUACUGGGGCUUUCUUUUUCUGCAAGUCUUUUCCUUGUCUUUCAUCUGGGUCUUUCUUUGUUUCAACUUCUUGUUUUUUUUUUUUGGAGUUAAUGGAGGGUACUAAGAAGCAGCAGGGGUUUUCACCUUCCUCAUUCACUGCUGAUCUUUUUGGUGCCAAGGAGUCGCCGCCAUCAUCGGCGGCGGGAACUUUUGCGUCCAUUUUUCCGCCUCCACCAGCGGUGGUUGAGAAGAACUCCUCGAGCGCUGAGGUAACAGGAUCUUGGCAAAAACAAAAUCCAGAAAUUCAAACAUGGAACAUGAAACAAGGGACUCCAGCUAUCAGUAGCGGGGGUGCGCGCUGUAGCAUACCCAACAAGGACAGGAGUUCAAUUUUCCAAGAAGAAAGAGUGGAACCAUGUCAUCUAAGUUCAUCUCUUUAUUAUGGUGGGCAAGACAUCUAUUCCCAGUCCCCAAGUACCCAAACCUCUGGAUACCCUCUAUUCAAGGAAAAUGGGGCAGAAGAUGAAAAUGGAAACAGUGCGUCUCGAGGAAAUUGGUGGCAAGGUUCACUUUAUUAUUAGGGCUGCCUUAGUAGGCAUAAGAAUUCUCCAUCUGUUUUCCAGGAGUUCGUGGCGCCUUGGUGAUAUGCUGGCAGAUAUGCAGUAUAAAUAAGAAACGAAUGUAGUAAAAAAAAAGAAAAAGAGUAGCCAAUGUAGUUGAACAAUGUUUAUGUGCUCUUUUUAAGCUGUAAUUAUGAAAAUAGCUGGAGAAGAGGGCCCUGAGUUGCUCCACAUAUAUAUAUGCCAAUAUAAAUGCUUCAUGGUUCAUCCAUGAAUUUUUAUGCCUAAUAAUAUCCAGUGCCUGAUAUCUUUCAA